AUGACCAAGGUUCCAUCAAUGAGUGACUGCUGGUCAGCAAACCUGGGAAACCCCCAGAUCAUUGCAACCAUGUCCCAAAAUCGCUUCAAAGACAUCAUGCAACACAUACGCUUUGAUGACAGGGUCAUCCGCAGUGAGUGCGCAAAGACUGACAAGUUUGCUGCAGUUUUUGCUGUGUGGUCGUCGUUUGUCACCAACUGCAUCACAUACUACAACCCUGGUCGACACAUCAUCAUUGACGAACAGCUUUUCCCGUCAAAGACUCGCUGCUGUUUCCUGCAGUACAUUGCAACACAACCUGACAAGUUUGGGAUCAAGUUUUGGGUGGCUUGUGACUUGAAAUCCAAGUACAUCUGCAAUGUCCUCCCAUAUCUCGGCAAGGACCCCAGUCGUAUCAGUGGGGAGAGAUUGUCCGAGAACAUAGUUAUGGACAAUUUCUUCACAUCGCUUUCUCUUGCGCAACGACUGCUUAGGAGGAAAACCAACAUCCUAGGCUCAGUCAACAAGAUUCGCUGGGGAAUUCCACAAUCAUCUAGACAGAGGGUCAAAAAAUUCACCACUCAGGUGUUUUCAACCACAGGAGCCACGCUGACGGUGUAUGCCCCCAAACGUAAGAAGACGGUCUACGUUCUCAGCAGCAUGCACAGCAUGGUUCAGACUGAGAAUACCACCAAAAAGAAACCAAACACUGUCACCCUUUAG